AUGGGCAAUUUCACGAGCUGCUGCUGCGAGGCGCACUUCUGCCAGGAUGAAGAGGUGCUGCUGGAGGACAAUAGCACCGUCGACAAAAACGACUCUGGCCCGGUCGACAUCGAGGCUGCAACCGUGCUGUUGGGGCGGGAGGCACUCAGCACUUUGAGGAGGAGUCCCUCCUCCAAGUGCCGGCCAGCUCUCGAUUGGCUUCCUGAGGGCUCCCAAGCGCAGGUGGAGUCCGACAAGUCCGACAAGUCCUCCAAGGAAGCGAGUGUCUUGCAUUCGACCAGCAGCUUGGCUUCGGUGGAACACCGCUUCUCCGAGCCGUCCAUGCCCAUGCAACCUCAGCUACCAGCAAGCGCCGAGCAGCCCGAAGUGCAUGCUUUGCAGGAGGACCCGGACAUUGUGAGAGCAGAGGUCCAGGCAGCAGAGGAAGGAGCGAGGGCAGCGGCCGCCCUGCAGCAAUUGCAGCAAGCUGCAGAGGAUGGCGCAUGCGCCCAACGGACACUGCGAAGACAUGGCCUCCGCUCUGCGGCCAGUGCGCAGUCACAGGAGCUGCAGGAUGCCGUGGCGAGGCUGAGGCAGGUCACCCAAGAGCCGCUGACGCAGCAGAACGUCAAGGCAAGAGGUUCCCUUCUGCAGGGAGAACGUGAUGGGUCUUUGACGGCCGCGCAGGAAACCACGAAGGACGAGGUCAAGACCGAAGAGCUGCGAGUCCAGGCUCGCGAUGCAUUGCUGCGUGCUUCUAUGAACGGCAACCUUGAGAAAGCGUUGAGACAAGGGAAGUCCGACAAGAAGCCUCAGGAGGGUGCUAAGCCGGCAGAGCCUGCAGAAGCAAUGAAGACCGCAGUGACACCAGUGACAAAGUUCGCAAAGCUGGCCUCCGUGGCAACAUGGCUUGCUCCCAAUCCGAACAAGCUCGCUCAGGCAACCGCCGCUGCGUCUUCUGAAGCUCCACGGCAGUUCGCCAAGAUGCCGUCUGUGGGUACUUUUCUGACACCCAAUCAGGAGAAGCUGCAGGGCAAGGAGUCAGUCAAGGAGUCAACAUCGUCGGCGUCUACCGGAACAAAGGAUGCGGUGGAGACGGUUCCCACAGGCGCCAUAGCUCCGGAUCCCGCAGAUUUUGAAGACCCAGAAGAGCUUCUGGAGCUCAGAAAGCGGAAUCAGAGCCUGCUAGCAGAGCUUUCAAGCCUCCGGGUCGAGCUUGCCGCUGCCAAGAAAGCGGCAGACGAACCGGCUGCAGCGCUGGAGAGUCACCGUGCCAAGCAGGAGGUGAUGAUAGCUUCUUGGAGACAUCAACAUGUCCAGCUUGAAGGCCAAGUCCGCCACUUGCAAUCGCUCCUCCAGUACAUGAUCCAUCACGCCACAGAGCUUGCUCGCAUCGUGCAAGGGGACUGUGCCCAGCAGGGGAAGCUUCACCACGAGGUGGCUGCAGUGAUGCAGAGGAUCCGUGGGCUUCAGGACGAGCUUGCCUCGCCUGCGCACCAGCAAGCUAUGCAACCUGUUUCUGCAGAGACUCCACCCAGCCGCUCCCGUCUCGGCACCAUCGAACCGACUCCAUCCACCCCGCACAGCCUGGUGCAGGAGCCGGUCGCCGUGGCGGUCGAGGAGACUCCAGCCAUGUCGGCGCAACUGCAGGUGAGGCUGAGCGAAGAGGUUCUGCGAACCUUCACCGAGGACGUGUCCGAUGCACCUUGGUGGGUAGAGCUCCUGUGCCAGAGCGCGCCGGACGUCGUCGAGGGAGUGGUUGCCUGGGAUGUGUCCACUCCCAAGGCCGCGGAUGCGGCCGGGGCAGCUCACGAAGAUCGGCAAGACUUGCCGUCCCCGUACGGCCAAGAAGUCCUGGUGCCUAGGAUGCAUGUGAGCAAAGUUUUCGACGGCACUUUGGCCGAAGUCCUUGAUUCCGAGGCCUCGGGCAGCGUCGCUCCGGACACGGGUAACUACCCGUGGUCGGAGUGGCCGGAGCAGUAA